AUGGCAAAGCUUGGCUUAUUCCUUUUCAUCGUUGCUUUAUCGAAUCAAACCAGUUUAGCUUGUAACGAUGAUAAAGACGAGCAGUUACCUGGUACAUGGCGAGAGCUGAAUGAUUAUUGGUUACGUGCUUUAUCUUUUCCUUCAUUUCUUUUAGAACCAGCAAUUUCAUAUCAGGGGCGAUCAUCCUUGAACCGAGCUAAUUCUAACACCAAGCCAUUUAAAAACUAUUUCAUUAAGAAGAACGCUGAUGGCAAAGCAAGUGGACGUUUUGCUUUCGGUGGUUUGAAAGCUUCGCUAAUCAACACGGGCCUCUUCAACAACAGAUUCACGCCGGCCAACACGUUCAGGCCACUCCAAGGACUCGGCAAACAAUCACCUGUCGUUUUGAAUCCUAAUUUCGAUAACCUUCUCACCACGUUCGAUGGAUGUACAGCACCCAAUGGCGAAUCCGGAAUCUGCGCUCCAGGAAACAUCUGCUCUCUGUUCGGUGGCCGGCCCAGUGGUUCCUGCAUCCUGGGCAAAGUUUGUUGCAUCAAUGUGGUUCCAUCAUGUGGUGGAACUGCCACCCUUAACAACACAUACUGGCAAUCUCCUGCAAUCCUUAGCGCUCCUUCGACGUGCACGUUAACUGUCAAGCUGGACGCGACAUUUGUAGAGCAAAAGAAACCCAUCUGCCAACUUCGAUUAGACUUUGUUUCAUUCACCACUUCACAGCCGACAGCUGGAACUUGCACGGACACAUUUCAAGUGAGCGGAUCGACUAAUAUAGCACCGAUUAUCUGUGGGGACAAUGACGGGCAGCACAUGUACCUUGAUGUCCCAUCAUCACUCAAUGGUCCUACCAAUGUCCGCCUUAUGUUCAACUUUGCAGCUGGAUCUGGCAACAGUCCACGUACGUGGAACAUUAAAAUCGCAAUGCUUCCGUGCGGAGCAAAUUACCUCGCUCCGAGGGAUUGCCUCCAAUAUUACACAUCGGCUACUGGUAUAAUUAAAUCGUUUAACUGGCGAGAUAUCGCUGAAGUUGCUACUCGCCAACUCAACAGCCAAAACUACAACAUUUGCUUCCGGACCGAGGAAAUGGAUAAACAGAUUGCAAGCCGGAUGUGUCUGAUGCCAUGUACGAUAACGAAUGGAGGCGACGCGUUCUCCAUUACGUCUGUGCCGGGCAAUCUUGCUAAUUCCGCCGUGGGAACAACAGGCCCAAAUCCAAUACCUCCACCGGUAGCUACAGUUGCAGUUUGCCUGUACGAUUUCUUGCUGAUUGCGCAAGGUACAGACCCAAUCACUGGCCUCGUUGCUGACCGGUUCUGCGGCAAUCAACUGAAUCCGAUUCCGAACGGCGCGGCAGUCAGCGUCACAGUUUGCACUCGAAUUCAACCUUUCAAGCUGACCUAUCAGACCGAUAACACCGAAGGCGCUGUGUUUGCCAAUAAUCAGGGAAUCAUUAUUCCGGCAUUUGGCGAUGCGGGAAAUGUGGGCUUCUGUCUUGAUUUCCAACAGAGAAUAAAUUAA